CCACACUCCCAGCUGUGUUUCCACUGCGUCCUCUGUCUUUCCAGCACAAGACUGGCACUCUGCUCUGUCACUCUUGUGAACACAAGCCUCCUCACCCCCUCUCUCUGCAGCCGGGAGUAAAGCCCCGGCUAAUAUACUGGAAUUAUCUGUAGCGCUGUUGUGUUUUCCAAGGAUUUUGUUAUUUUCAAGUGUUGACAACCCAUCGAUUGUUUUGAUGGAAUAAUUCAGGUAGAGACUUUCUUCUAGUGUGGGUUUUUUAUUACUUAAAAGGGGCUGUGUAAAUUUUUCCAAGAUGGCACCUGUGAAAGGCUGGGUAGUGGGGCUGCUGCUGGUGCUUCUGUGUCCAUCCCAGUUGCCACUUUCCGGGGUAGUUAGUGCCCAGAGCGUGGCUGAAGCAGAGGCAGACCUCCAUGUCAGAAAUGAGGAGGAGGUUGUGGCAGAUGAGGGUGGAAACACUGAGGGUGAUGAUGCUGCUGAGGAAGAGGAACAGCUAAGAGAGGAGGGAAUUGAAGAAGAUUCAAAUGAGGAGGACGCAUCUGAGGGACAGGAGGCGGAAGAGGAAGAGAUAGAGACUGAGGAGGAAGAAGAGGGGGAAGAGGAGACUGAGGAGGAAGAAGAUGAGACCUCUGAUGAGGAAGCAGAGGGGGAAGAGGAGACUGAGGAGGAGGAGGAGGAGGAAGAGGAAACUGCUGAGGAAGAGACCGAUGAUGAGGAGGAAGAGGAAACUGCUGAGGAAGAGACCGAUGAUGAGGAGGAGACAGAUGAGGAGGAAGAGGAAACUGCUGAGGAAGAGGCCGAUGAGGAGGAGGAAGAGGAAACUGCUGAGGAGGAGGAGGAAGAGGCUGCAGAAGAGGAGGAUUAUGCAGAGGAAGAGGAGGAUGAUGAGGAAGCAGCGGAAGAAGAGGAGGAAGUUGUGGAGGAUGAGGACGAAGAGGCUGCAGAAGAGGAUGACGAGGCAGCAGAGGAGGAUGCUGAGGAGGAUGCUGAGGAGGAUGCUGAGGAGGAAGCUGAUGAGGAAGCUGAUGAGGAUGCGGAGGCCGCGGCUGAAAGUGAGGAGGAAGAGGAGGUAUCCGAAGGGGAGGAAGUAACUGCGGAAGAGAAGGCUGAGGAAAAGGAUGAUAUUGCUGAAGAUGACUCUGAGGAGGAAGAGGAUGAAGCUGAGGAAGAUGAUGACGAGCCUGGAGCUGACGUCACUGCAGAAAACCAGCAUGACGCAAGUGAAGAAGAGGCCAUCGCUGACAUGCUGCAAUUCCGCUCUGGCUCUUUGUGCAGCGUUUGCUCCAUCUGUGAGCACUGCUCUAGUGACUGUGACAAGUGCCCAUGUGAGGAGGGAGAUGAGGCCGACCACUGCGAGCACUGCCAAGGAUGCUCGUCCUGCUACCUUUGCCCCAUACUGUGCGACACAAUUUGCACACCAGGUGGCCUUGUUGAUGAGCUUACCGCGUCCCUCUUUCAGACUUUCACCUCUCUCCUCUGAGCACCCUGCAGGAUUUGUCGCUGUGCUCCUGUGUUCACACGAGGCAUAGCGCGGAGGAUCGCAACUGUCUGGCUGUCACGUCAUGAAUCAGACAUUUUUUUAUUUACUCUUAUUAAAAUCCGAAAAUAGUCAAUUUGAAAAAUUUUAUUUCUUCUAUUUUUAUUUAAUGACCUUAAUAUUGUCAGAUGCAAAAUACAGUAUUUCUAAGGCUAUGCUUUGUUUAUAUGUAUUUUUUUUGUAGGAGCAUCAUCUUAAGACAUUUUUAGCUGAGCAAGGAUUAUUUAUGGACCUAUUUUGUAGCAGAAGUAUUUUGCAACAUGUGCCUCAUGCACAUGUUGCAUGCUAAUUUUUUUCAGGACACGUUCUUCUAGUUUUCAGCAUGUUACAGUAACAUUUUACACAUAGUAUUGCUGUGCAAUGUUAGAUACUUCUUUCAUCUGUUCAUAGAUUUCUCCUUACUGGGAGUCACUCCUGUCAGGUGAGGUCCUGUCCUGUGUCGAGGCAAACCAGUUUAAGUUAUUUCUCAGUGACUGCAAAAAUAGAAAUAAACAGGGUCCUGUAUGGGCUGUUAAUUUUAAUUGCAGGAACAAGUGUUUAACUAGACUAACCUGAAAUAGUUGGCCACUUUUGGAGCAAUUUAAAUUAAGUGAGUGCUGUUUCCCCCUAUAGCUUAGCUUACUGCCUUUUGGCCUGAUUCCACUGUACUCAUCACACAAAAGUUAGGAAUCUAUGCAUCAAUUGGUUGCAAAGGGGCUGUGCAUAAAAUAAAACAACAAUGAUCAACAUUAGCAAAAUAUACAAAUGUAAAAAUAAGUGAGAUAAAGUACAUUUAAACAUUCUCAACACAAUAUUUGUAAUAUCUUAUAAAAAUAUAUAAAAGUGCUAUAAAAAUCCUUCACAUUUACACUAUACCUGGAUGCAGAUGAGAAAAUACAACAACCAGACUUGGCCUCUGUAUACACAUCUGAAAUCGGUGUUAAUUUGCAUUUUAUAUAUUUUUGUGAUAUUUUAAGCCAGUUAGAGGUUUGAAUACCAGGCCCUCGGCUCUGUUGUUUUGACUUUGACUCUUUUAACUAAUCUUGUGAGUCACUAUUGAUUCAUCCAGUGAUUCUUUAUUUAUAAGAUCUAUUCACUCACCAUAAAGAGCUUCACUGGUGGAUAAUGUCUUUUUUUUCUUUGAAAAGGGUAAACACACCCAAGGCAUGACCUGAGGUGAGGCAUGGUGUUUGAGAACAUGGUGGAGUGUUCCUCUGUUGCAGACGUAUACGUCUCAAAAGGUGUGUGUGUGUGUGUGUGUGUGUGUGUGUGUGUGUGUGUGUGUGUGUGUGUGUGUGUGUGUGUGUGUGUGUGUGUGUGUGUGUGUGUGUGUGUGUGUGUGUGUGUGUGUGUGUGUGUGUGUGUGUGUGUGUGUGUGUGUGUAAACAGAAGCAGUUCCAAUAAACAUCACCUGUUGUUUUUAUUGAAAACUUGCAUCUGUAACUAUGAAAUAUAUAACCCAAUUUAAAAUGUUGGUUUUGAAAUUUCUAUACAGAUUCAACAACCAAGCCAUUAUAUGUAAAUUAGUGAGUUUGAGGUCUUGGUAUGUGGAUUUUGGUGCUGACAGUCAGGUGAGCCGUUCCCAUGAUAACGGUCUUCAUGCCAGAUUUAACUUUAAAAUGUUAUUUGUUCAAUUUUUUGGAAGAGUAAAAAAAAAUCCUGGACAGAUUUGUCUUUUGAACAGACUAAAAUAAAUCACAUAGUCUAAUAAGGUG